AUGGAUGCCCCAAAGGAAGAGGAGGAGGAAUACUUAAAGCUGAUAAAAUUCUCCAACAAUGUUGAGUUCAAGACAAACGAGGAGAUAGACGUGUUGGAAAUUUGCAUGGAGAAAUCCAUCAAUUUGAAAAUAAUCCAAUUUUUUGUUAACAUAAAGGAAUUGUACUUAAUAAAAAAUAACAUCUCUGAUGUAACCCCCUUGUUGGAGUGCACAAAUCUGAGGGUCUUAUUUUUGCAAAUUAAUAAAAUAAGGAGCGUCCUAGGGCUGGGGAAGCUGAAGAAGCUGGAGAAACUGAACCUGUUCAGCAAUGAACUCACGGAGAGAGGCAUCGACCUGGGAGAGAACAAACACUUGCACUACAUCGACCUGAGCGACAACGCACUAGAAAGUAUCGACUUCUUCUGGUGCACCACUUCUUUUGUGCACAUCAAUUUGGCCAACAACCGGAUUCGAAACCUAGAUCCCCUGCGCAAUAAUGCAAACUUGGAGCACCUAAAUGUCAGCGGGAAUAGGCUCGAACGCUUUGAAGACGUACAGGCGCUCCGCCUGCUGCCGAACAUUAAGGAGCUGUACCUCAGUUCGAUCUACUACAGAAGCAACACCCUGUUGGGGAGUCUACUCUACAAGCACUACUUCUGCACCAAUUUUCCAAAUUUACGGAUAUUAGACCACCAAGUGGUGAGCAGCCAGGACAGAAAGCUAACCGCGCAGGACAUGGAAACACUCAAAAGCAUCUCUGACUUUAAAAGGAAUUUUAUCGAAGAAAAAUACAUAAAGGAAAAACACCACCUCCUGUUCAUUAACAACAAAAAUUUAUUUUACCUGAAUGAAGUUUUCUGGCCAAUUCAUUUUUACUUCAACAUGGAGGGGACUCCAUUUGAUGCUAGUACCCAGGGGGAACACGAGCGGAUGGCAGAGAUAAAACGGGAGGUAUCCUUUUUGCUGAGCGCGUACACCUCCAGAUUUAACUACAUCAUGCGGAGGCUGAAGGAGGAGAGGGACCUGCAAAUAAAAUAUCUCUCCACGUCGAUGAAUUCUUAUUUCAACAUUUUUUUCCAAGUCGUGACGAAGCAUCAAGCAGAGUACACCCAAGUCGAGGACUUACUGAAGCGGAACUUCAGCGCGGAGUCGCUAAAGAGUUACUUUGUGGAGGACAUAAAAAUUGAAAGCAUAGUAAAGGUGAAGAAGCUCAACCAUGGCUGCCUGGACGCGUUAAUCGAAGACCACCUGAACAGCGUGGUUUAUAAAAAAAAUUUGCUCUUCCUGCACCCGUACAAUUACUGCAAAAUUAACGACCACUUCGAUUUUGACGAGAAGGAACUUGUGGUGGAGGACCCGGAGAGGAAAAAGUUCUUCGAGAAGAACUUCGUCUGUUCGUGCCGCAGCUUGAGCCACGUGUUGAAGACGGCCAUUAGGACAUUCCUCGCGGAGGAUCAGGACGACUUGGUGAACCUGAAGAAGAAAAUUGUGCGAAGCAAAAAGUUCGAUUUUCCCCCAGUCCGCAUAUACGUGGUGGAGAGUUACUUCUUCCCGAAUGAGCACAAAGAAGUGACGGCCUACAGCUCGACCGGAGGUCGAGAAGACAAAGAAAAAAAGGAGGAGUCUAAAUUUAAAAUAUAUUACACCCAGCCAAGACACACCAACUUGAAAUUCAUAGUCAACGUCAGUUUGGUGAGUGGAGGGGGGGCGGUGAGUAGAGGUGGCGUGGUGAGUGGAGGCGGAGCGGUGAGUAGAGGUGCUGUGGUGAGUGGAGGCGGAGCGGUGAGUAGAGGUGCUGUGGUGAGUGGCGGUGAAGCGGUGAGUAGAGGUGCCGUGGUGAGUGGCGGUGAAGCGGUGAGUAGAGGUGCCGUGGUGAGUGGCGGUGCCGUGGUGAGAAAGGGAAACUCGCUCACAAGGAUAGGCACAGAAAAAAAAGGGAACCCCCCAAAAAAAAACUUCGACGUGGACCUCCUGAAUUGUAUAAAAAUACAAAAUACCGUGGAUACUACUCCAAAUGAAUCACAUGCAAAAAAAAAACUCAAAAAAGAUUUUUACGAAUAUCUUUUAACUUUUAAUUCGAUUAACUUCUUUUAUGUCACGAAAUAUUUUAUAAAAUUGAGUAAAAUAAUUUGUGAGAUCAAGAAGUGUGUGUCCAUUCUAUUGGCUAGAUGUAAUUUGAAGUACCUGCUUCCCUUGAGUGUUAAGCAUUUCCAAGACAAGGUAGAAGUAACUUUACCUGAUCAUAUUUCUACAUUGGAGAAGAAGAGGUUGGAUUUUGUUCGCCUCGUUAGAGAGUCGUCUUUAGGUGGGGCCUCUCCCACUACGGACACUACCUUUGCAACAGCUACAGAAGACGAGGCGGACAGCAAAGCGCACGCCGAAAAGGAGGCUCUACACCUUAACAGCUUCCACAUAUAUAAACUAAAUUUGCGAGUGAUACGGGGCUUUUUUAAAAAUUUAAAAAAAUUAUGUCUAGUUAAUAACAAUAUCAGCGACUUGGGUGUGUUUUUUCAUUGUGGGGAAGAGGACAUAGAUUCUUUACUGCACCUCGACCUUUCCUUUAAUUGUAUCAAGACUCUUGCCCCGAUAUGCAGCAAAUUCAGAAAGUUAGUGCACUUGGAUAUAUCCUUCAACUGUAUUUGUGAUUACGUCGAAAUUGUUCUGUUCAGUCGGAACCAUAAGGAGGUGGAGUCGCUGUCACUUGUUGGCAACUCGCUCUAUGUGAAGCCCUCGCACCAGGUGUUUGUGCAUCGGAUUUUCCCUCGCAUCGUAUGGCUCAACGGGGUGCGCGUGACCUGCAGUGAGGAGUUCGAUUUGGAAGCGCACUGCUCGGUCGAGAGUCCCUGGGGCGACGUCCCGAGCAGCGAGAGACACGCCAUCAUUCCCAAGGAGCCAGAACCAAAGUGCAGCGACUACCUAAAUAAAGUGGAAGUAGUAACCAUGUCAGAUCUAUACACCCCGCUACCCAUGUACGACUUCUCCGUCAUGCCCAAAUUGAAAGAAUUAAAUUUGGAGAACAACGGAAUGGAGAGUGUAGAUGACCUCAAACUACCAACGAGUUUACUUAAGCUCAACUUGAGAAACAACAAAUUAAAAAGCAUCAACUUUUUAAAAAGUAACUUAAAUGUAGAAAUUCUCAUUUUGGAUAAAAAUCACCUCGUAACUAUCGACAUGGUGAAUUCUUUAAAAAGGCUAAAGGUACUUAGAUGUGCUCACAACCAAGUAGAGACGAUCCCAUUAAUGGAAAAUGCAGAGCUGGUUGAACUAAACCUACACGAUAAUUUGAUAGAAGAUAUAACGCACCUGGUUCUGAUGAGAAAAAAAAAGUCUAUUAGAUGUAUCAACCUUUACAACAACAAAAUAAAUUUCCCCAAUUUAGAACUGUACAUAAUCCACACGUUCAGAAAUUUGGUCAUCUUAAAUGAUAGCUAUAUAGAGAGAGGAGAGCAUGUGGAUUUGUUUUUUAAAAAAAUUUACACUCUCAACGUUUUUCAUAAUUUGCAUAAUUUAUUACCUCCGUAUACUUCCUUGAGGAUUCUGGAAAUUAAAAAUUUGAAAAUUCGAAGUAUCAUGUUUCGUAUCAGUAAUGAGAAUUUUUUCAACUUGGAGCGCCUCGACUUGUCUAACAACCUGCUCAGCAGCAUCUCCAACGUGGGACCUCUGGACUCUCUCAAGGUCCUCCUCCUAAACAACAACAAACACAUCAGCGACGAGUCCUUCACGGGGCCGGACGAAAGGAACGUCCUGAACUCUUUUAAAUCACUGGAGGAAUUAGACAUUAGCUCCUGCAUGCUGAGCAGAACGGACUUCCUCAGCAAGUGCACCCAUUUGAAAAACUUGAAGAGCCUCAACUUGGAGGGAAAUAACAUCCACACAGUGAAGAAUCUGUUCCACUUGGAGAGUCUCCUCGACUUUAAUUUAUCAAACAACAAGGUGUCGAAGUUGCACUAUGAUUCGUUUCCUCCCCAGUUGCAGCGGCUCAGUCUGUCCAAUAACUUGAUCAGGAACCUGGCCCCACUGCGGACGCUGCAAAAAUUGGAAGUCUUGGACCUGCGCGUUAACCGAAUCGACAACGUUGAAGAGUUCACCUCAUUAAGGGAUCUGCAUAAGUUAAAAAUUCUUUACCUAAAUGGAAACAGGAAAAUAAAGGAACACUUCCCCAAUAUUAGGGACAUUCUCAAGCAAGUAGGUACCUUCGAUGAUAAGGUAGUGAGAGAGCAUGAGGAGAUGAUGCAGCAUAUGUCGUCAGAGAUGAAGGAAUGCGUUAGGGGCGAUCGGGAGGCAAAUGCGAGGGAGCCGCGGGUGGAGGUUCACAAGGGUGCAACGAAGGAGGUCACAAGGGAGGUCACAAGGGAGGUCACAAGGGAGGUCACAAGGGAUGUCGUUAUGGAUAACACCAGGGAUGUCGCCAGGGAUGCCUUUAGGGAUACGAAAUGGGGGGUGCCUAGAAAAGGGGUGGCCCCCCGCGCGCAGGUGAGUGGCCCCCUCAAAGUGAAAAAUGUCUGUCCCUUAGUUGGCGUUCCAUUGUGUGUUCCUACCACGCACCCGUCCUUGAUGACGCAGCGUCCUUGA